UCAUCAGGUCCCGGCCGGUGAUUACUCGCUGGCACCCGGUGAUCGCCGAGUAUCUCCGACAGGGGACAGACCUAUAUCUUCUGCACACUGCUUUGUAUGGCUCUGCAUACAAAGCAGUGUGCUUACAGUGAAGCACACACACAGCCUGCAUAAUGAAACAGCACACAGUUAACCUUUUGAUCGCCCCAGAUGUUAACCCCUUCAUGCACAGUGCCAUUAGUACAGUGUCAGUGCUUUUUAUUAGCACUGAUCACUGUAUUGGUGUCGCUGGGGAUGUCAGUGACACCAAGUCAGUUCCCCCCAGUGUCAGAAUGCCCGCCGCAGUCCCGUUUUAAGUCGCUGAUCACCGCCAUUACUAGUACAAAAAAAAAAAUCUUAAAAACCAGUAUAUAUAACGCCAUUUGUAAACGCUAUAACUUUCAAGUAAACCAAUUAAUU